CCAGCCGUGCACGGAGCGAUGCGGGAGGCCAGAGGUGCCCGGUGCUCCCCGCACACCCUCCGUUGGCCAUGGCGCGGGGCUGAGACCCCGCCAACUCAUCACAGGCAUCGCGCUCUCCACCGCGAUCGCGACUCGGAUCCUUUUUGUCCCUCGGCCCGAGCCGUAGCGGCGCUCCAAGGGGGCGGGUUUAAGCCUUGUAUGCGGAAGCGGGAGCUCACUUCCGGUUGGAGCGCUCCGAACCCGGCCCGAACCAUGCCCCGCAAGAUUGAGGAGAUCAAAGACUUCCUGCUGACAGCCCGGAGGAAGGACGCCAAAUCCGUCAAGAUCAAGAAGAACAAGGACAAUGUGAAGUUCAAGGUGCGCUGCAGCCGGUACCUCUACACCCUGGUCAUCACAGAUAAGGAGAAGGCCGAGAAGCUGAAGCAGUCGCUGCCCCCAGGUUUGGCCGUCAAGGAGCUGAAAUGAGCCAAUAAAUGGGAGUUUUGCUGUUGUUUGUUACAAUAAAUAAACCUGACUGUUCCCCA